AUGACACGAGCACGUAUGCCACCCAGAAAAAUUCUUAGCAAGGUGAAGGCGGAUGAUAAGAACAACAAGACUACGUUGCAACAAAUCUAUAAUGCGAGAAGUACUUUGGGAAGAAAGGAUUUGCAAGGUAGGUUGGUGAUGCAACAAUUAUUAUGGUUGGCGCAAAAUAAUAACUAUGCUUGCAAAAAGAAAUUGGAUGAAUUCGGCCAUGUGACACACAUUUUUAUUGCCCAUCUGGAAUGCGUAAAAUUGAUGUUAUGCUUCCCACAAGUUCUCAUAUUGGAUUGCACUUACAAGACCAAUAAGUAUGAGAUGCCAUUGAUGAAUGUGGAAUUGGAACAAGUGAAGUUAAUCUUCUGGGAGGAUGCUCUUCCAAAGGUCAUGGUAACCGACCAAGAGGAGGCAUUGAUUUUUGCUAUAAGGAAGUUGAAAGAGCUAAAGGUGAUUGCUAAAUUAUCGGAUGGAGAACGAGAAGUGAAGAAGAAAAAAUUCAAGAAAGCAUAUGAGGCUAAUGAAAGGAUGUGGGCAUGUUUCUCCAACGAUUGGGAUGCUUUGCAAUGGUCAUUCACCGAAGAAGUGUACGAAGAAAAUGUUGCAAAACUCAUUGAAAAUGGGGGCGUCAAAUACCCGGAAAUCAUUAUAUAUUUACGCAAGCAAUUCUUGGAUACCAAAAAAUAUAGAUUUGUUAGUGCAUUUAGAAACCACCACAAGCACUUCGACAACCAAGCUACAAGUAUGGUAGAGUCGGAUCACUAUCGUUUGAAGAGGAAUCUAUUUGGGUGUGUGGACACGUUCGUCACGGUGUUUGACGCAAUGGAAAACUAUUUCAUGAGUGAUGUUAUAAAAAUAAAAAGGUUAUUCGAAAAAAGUCUAAUGAUGAAGCAUGAUGAUUACCCGGAUGAUAAGUGGCUUCGGGGACUAACCCAUAGGGUCUCUCAUUUGUGCCUGGAACUUAUAAUGAAGGAAGUGGAUUUGAUGGACAAAAUGGAUGCUACUCCCAAGAAGAGUGUGUUUGUAAAAUGA